GGCGCAAAAUUCAGAUUUUUUUCUUCGCUGGUGUGUUCAUAAUUCGUAAGCUACAGAUUUCUUCAUCGAUAAUACUCUUCAGCUUCCGGGAAAAUCCGAUCUGAUAAACUGUAGAUUCUGUGAGUCUCUGCUGCAGUUGCUAUUAAACCGGAAGAGAUGAAGUUCAAGGCGUUUCUGACCGAAAAUGGUGUGAAUCUCUUGGAAAAGAGGUUUCUUCCAGCAUUUGACAAAAUGGGCAAGACCUGUUUUGUUUUCCUCACGAAAGAACACUUGUUCUUCCUCCAUAACCUUCUCAACGGUGAUGGAGUCCAAUGCAUUGCUCAGUUCCGCAAAGACGUUCUCUUUGAUGAUUACCGUCUAUCGAGCCAGAACGAGGACCGUAUAGCCUUCUCCUUGGAUGUUUCUCUUCUGUACCGAGCGGUGAAGAGCAGCGUCAGCAUUUGCACUGAGUUUAGCGGCGGGUUAGCUUCAAACAGAUUACAGAUCAAACUAGUGAAAAAGCUGCCUCCUAACUGUACACAACCAAUGCCAUUCCUCACGUUUGAAACCAAAGGAUACAAAUCUGCUGUCAUUCAAGAUGUUCCCAUCUCGAAACCGCUGUCUCGGUCUCAAGUUAUCGAGCUUCAGACCGCUCUUGACUCGGCCCAAGACCUGCCUCCUACUCUUGUUCAAGUGCAAGACCCGAAUCAGUUACAGAACUUUGUGGAUCAUAUGAAACAUGUUGGGGAUGUUCUUAACGUCACAAUAAGCAAGCAUGGUGAUCUGCAAGUGCAAAUCUCAACAACACUGAUUAGGCUCGGCACUGAGUUCCAGAGGCUUUCGGUUAUUGGCGAGAAAACUCAGGCUCCUGUUGAGGAUAGAAACUUAAGCGCUCAGGCUAGGUCAGAGAGAGCCGUUGCUAGAGGAGAUGCUCAGUCUGUGGAAGUUAGUGUGAAGCAUUUUUCAAAGAGCCUUCACUGUCACUUAACCAAACCAGAUUCUGCUUUCUAUGGGAUUGCUCCUCAAGGUGCUUGUUUGACAGUGAUCUUCCAGUUCAUGGUUCCUGGGACUCGUCAAACCGAUAAAUCCAUCAGUUUGCAUUGCCGGCUUCCCGUUCUGGAUCCAGGUUCCAGCUGAAUCUUGCAAGUUACUACAAAAUCUUAUGAUCAAAUGUUGUAGUUUGCUUUUUCAGAUUAAAGACUUUUCCAUAAAGAUCAAAUAUGUACCAUUACACUC